AUGCUUUCUGGACGCCCCCACGCGUCUGAUACUGCGGGGCGAGCGUCAUCCACGUUCGUCCGCUCUGGAAAUUCCUUCUUUGCGAUGAUCUUCGUGUUUCUCGCCUUUUCCGUACAAGGGGGCCUAGGGUCCAGCGACGCACGCGCCACCGGCGGCACAAUCACCACCUUCGGCGACUACGUCAUCCACAAUUUCACAUCCAGCGGCAUUUUCCAGGUCACGGACCCCUCUUUGACCGAAGUGGAGGUGCUGGUCGUGGGAGGCGGAGGAGGAGGAGGCUGGGGGUAUGGCGGGGGCGGUGGAGGUGGGGCUGUUCUGUCCUCUUCGAGCAAAACGCUAUCGUCGAAUUCGAUCACUGUCACUGUCGGUAACGGCGGUAACGGCGGUCAAACCUACGGCAGUGGCCUCGAUGGUGGCGCCAGCGCUUUUGACAGCAUGGUGGCAAGUGGUGGGAAGGGUGGUAUAGGCCGAGGUGACGGCGGCGCAAGCGGCUCUGGAGAAUUGGGUGGCGGGUACAGCGAAUACAUGGGUGGAGGCGGCGGUGGCGCUGGAGGACCAGGGGAGACAGUACUCUCGAAUAAAGGUGGUGACGGUGGCCCGGGCGUUGAAUCGGCCAUAUCUGGUACCUCCAAUUAUUAUGGCGGUGGCGGCGGUGGCGGCGUCUACAUGAGCGGCAACCCUGGCGAUGGAGGAUUUGGUGGCGGUGGGUCAGGCGGAUAUUACUUCCCAGCCGCGACUGCCGGACUUGGCUAUUCGGGUUCGGCCUACACAGGGGGCGGAGGUGGUGGCGGUGCAUAUGAUUUUGGCCCGGGCCCGGGCAAUGGAAGUCCAGGCGGCUCCGGCGUCGUCGUCGUCCGCUACAAGAAGAAAGCCGCCAGCACGCCGUCGGUAGGAUCCAGCGACGCACGCGCCACCGGCGGCACGAUCACCACCGUUGGCGAUUACGUCAUCCACAAUUUCACAUCCAACGGCACGCUCGCCGUCACGGACUCCUCUCUGAUCGAAGUGGAGGUGCUGGUCGUGGGAGGCGGAGGAGGAGGAGGCGCCGAUUAUGGCGGCGGCGGUGGAGGCGGGGCUGUUCUGUACUCUGCGAGCAAAACGCUGUCGUCGAGUUCGAUCACUGUCACUGUCGGUACCGGCGGCACUGGCGGCUGGCCCUCUGGCGAUGGCGGCGCCAGCGUCUUUGAUGGCGUGGUGGCAAAUGGCGGAAAGGCUGGAAAGGUUGGCAAAGGUGAUGGCGGGGCAAGCGGCUCCGGAAAUGCAGGUGGAUCUGGAUCGUCCUCCAGGGGUACGGGUGGAGGCGGCGGUGGCGCUGGAGGACCAGGAGAGACACCAGAUUUGAGUGCAUUUAUCAAAGGUGGUGACGGUGGCGUUGGCGUUGAAUCGGCCAUAUCUGGUACCUCCGAUUAUUAUGGCGGUGGCGGCGGAGGCGGCGGCCGCGGUGGCGGCAUCUCUGGCAAUGGAGGAUUGGGUGGAGGUGCGUCAGGAUCAUCUUUCUCUAGUUAUCACGGUUCAGCCUUCACAGGGGGCGGAGGUGGUGGCGCCGGAGAUUCGUAUACUGGAGGGUCAGGCGGCUCCGGCGUCGUCAUCGUCCGCUACAAGAAGAAAGCCGCCAGCACGCCGUCGUGCACAACGAGCCAGUACCUGAAGGAUGGAGCGUGCGUGGCGUGUGCGACGGGGACGACCAGCGCGGGCGGGAACGCGACAGAGUGCACCGCGUCGUCGUCGGCAUCGUCGCCGGGGGCACCAGGAUCGUCACCGGAAUCAUCGACGCCAUCCCCAUCGCCUGCGCAGGAAAAGAAGGAGACGGCGGAGAAGACCCGCGACUCGAUCCUCGCCGACAUCGCGGACCCUGCAGUGCAGAAAAAGGCCAAGCUCCUCGCCGACGCGGCGAUCGCCGGCGAAACGGUCCAGAUACUGUCCGCCAAGCUCUCGGCCGCGGAUGCGGACGCCGCGUGCGCCUCCGCGUACUCCAAGGCGGCGGUGAGCUCGGGCAAGGGCGCGUGCAUCGCCAAGCCGGAUACCUCAGCCGCCGCCGGGAGACGCCGCCUCUCCGCGACGACGUACAAUGUCGAGCUCAUGUUCAAAUCAUCCGAGGUGAGCGACGACGCGCUCGCCGCGGCUGCGAACGAGCUCAAGGCCAAUGGCGUGGAGGGCGUUACGUCCCAGACGUCCGUGGAUCCGAUGCAGGAGCUCAAGGUCAUCCCCGGCAUCGACACCAACAAGCUUCAAACGUUUGACCGUGAGGCCAAGGACGCGGCGGCGGCGGCCCCGUCGAGCGAGCAGCCUCCCCCGCCCCCGCCGCCGCCGAGCCCACCGCCGCCGAGCUUGGUGGAGGACGACGACGACGCGGUGGUGGGACCGGGAGGAAGGCUCGUCGCCUGCGUCGCCGCGAUGCUGGCGAUCGUGUUAGUCGUGUAA